AUGACGCGUUCUACCAACGAACCAGUACGUGGCAUCUUUAAGCUGACGUACAAUUCGGACGUAUCCAUCUAUUAUGAACUCUCCUGCCCUCCCGCAAGCGAUAACGCCAAACCCAUUAUAGCGCUCUCCAAUCCCCUGGCUGCCUCCUUGGAUCACUGGGACAAAUUCACAGACGAAUUUUCACCCUUUUAUACUAUCCUUCGGUAUGAUUCCCGAUUCCAUGGACGGUCACCGCUGGGAUCCAGCGGCAAGCCAGAAUAUGAUUUCAAGGCAGCAGCGUCAUCUUUGACAAUGGCGGAUCUAGCACAAGAUCUAAAAGAUUUGCUUGACCAUCUGGCAAUACCGAAGCUACACGCGUUGAUUGGACUCAGUAUCGGGGGCGGAGUGGCAUUGGUCUUUGGCGCCAUGUAUCCCGAGCUGGUCGAGCAGGUUCUGGUCGUAGGAAGCAGGGCGAAAACAGACAGGGAGGUAAACGAGACAUUUGAUGCCCGAAUCAAAUUCGGAUGGGACAAUGGCACGGCCUCUCUCGCGGCACAGAGCAUGAACAGGUGGUUCCCUGAGCCGUGGCUGAGGGAUCACCACGACGAGGCGCAGAAAAUGGAAAAGAUGCUUUCCAUGCAGAGUAUGGAGGGAUACGAAGUGAGCGUGGGUGCUUUGAAGAAGUUGGACCUGUGGCCAUACGUAGAAAAAGUACGGGAGCUUGCUGAUGGUCAUCGCUUCUUGUUCAUGGCGGGUGAAAGAGAUGGAAGCGUCACCGACGAAACUCGAGCAAUGGCGGAGCGCGCAGGUAGUGAGGUGGUCAUUUUGCAGGGGCUAGGGCACAUGGUUAAUAUCGAGGGGCCAGAGGCGUUUCAUGCCGCGGUACGGAGGAGAAUUGCAUGA